UCUCUCUCGGUAAGGGUAAUGGCUGACGUACUUCUCUCAGCCUUGGUACCAGUGGUGAUGGAGAAGGCAAAAGAUUAUGUUCUUCGUCGGUUUGGAGCGAUGUGGGGCAUCCAUGACAAGCUAGAAAAGCUGGAAAGAAUGCUGUUGGCAAUCCAUGACAAACUUGGCGAUGCAGAGGAGCGGCAAGUCAAGGAAGCGGGUGUGACGAGAUGGUUGGCAGAUCUGAAGGACGCAGCCUACGAAGCAGACGACAUCCUGGAUGAGUUCAAUUUGGAAGCAAUGCGGCGGGAGGCAGAGAUUCAGGUCGAUACGUCGAAAAAGGUGCGCAGCUUCUUUUCUUUUGAUAAUUCACUGUGGUUUCGUUUCAAGAUAGGGCAGAAGUUGAAUGAUAUUGUUGAGAAAAUCGAUAAAAUAGUAGAUGAAGGAAAUAAAUUUCAUUUCAUGGUCAAAACACAACCACAACUCAGGGAUAGACCGCAAACCCACUCCUAUGUUGAUGAGUCAUAUGUCAUUGGUAGAGAGGAAGAUAAACAAAAAAUAGUGAAGUUGUUACUUGAUCAUGUUCCCAACCAGAAUAUUGCAGUCCUUUCCAUAGUUGGUAUGGGGGGUCUGGGUAAGACUACACUGGCCCAAUUGAUUUACAAAGAUGAGAGGGUGGAGAAGCAUUUCCAGCCGCUCAUGUGGGUCUUUGUGUCGGAUGUCUUCAAUGUUGCAAAACUUGCCAAGGCAAUAAUAGCUUCAGCGACAGGUACUGAGUGUGAGCUAUCAAACAUGGAGUUGUUACAACGCCGCCUUCGAGAAGUUGUAAGUGGAAAAAGGUACUUACUUGUAUUAGAUGAUGUUUGGAACGAGGAUCGGGAAAAGUGGGAUGAGUUAAAAUCUUUACUAAGAACUGGUGGAGUAGGGAGUAGGAUCAUUGUGACAACAAGAAGUGAGCGGGUAUCGUCGAUGAUGGGUACACUCGCCACCUAUCAGCUACCAUAUUUGACUGAAGAUGAUUCCUGGACAUUGUUUGGGAAGAGAGCAUUUGAAGAGGGAGGAGAAGAGCCUCAGAAUCUCGUAAAUAUUGGCAAGGAGAUUGUCAAGAAAUGUGGUGGACUGCCUUUAGCAGUGAAGACAAUGGGGGGCUUAUUGUAUUCCAAGAGCCAGGAAAGGGAAUGGUUGUUCGUGAGGGAUAGUGAGAUUUGGGAUAUGCAGGUUGGUGAAGACGCGAUUUUACCAGCGCUAAGAUUGAGCUACAGUCAUUUGCCUUCCCAUUUAAAACAAUGCUUUGCUUUUUGUGCCAUAUUUCCAAAGGAUUAUGAGAUGGAAAAGGAUCUGUUGAUUCAACUAUGGAUGGCUAAUGGGUUCAUUCCAUCUGAUGGAAGAAAGGAGCUGGAGGACAAAGGGAACGAGAUUUUUAAUGAGUUGGCCUCGAGAUCCUUCUUUCAGGAUAUCAAGGAAGUUGAGGAGGACGAUGAUAGCACAGAUAGGCAUGAACUUUAUUGCAUAACAACAUGCAAGAUGCAUGACCUUAUGCACGACCUGGCACGAUCCAUUAUGGGGAAUGAAUGCCUUAGCAUACAGGACCCUGCUGGGUUGGAAGAUGACCUUGAAUAA